AGCAGGCUCGGCUUGUCAGUCACACUUUAAACGGCGCUGUGGCGCUCAUCAGCCCUACCACCGCCAGAAGCACCAGCGAUUCGCCCGCCUCCUCCUUCCUCCCGCUGAUCGCCGAAUCGAGCCACACGGAGCUACAGAAUUUUAGGAUGAACGCCUGCUGAGGAGCAGCCACCGCUACUAAGCCCAGGGCGACUCACAGCACCGCCGUUGGGGAGGGGAGCGGGGGAAGGAGCGAGCCGACCAGCCGUUUCACCGUUCCAGCGCUCUCCCCUCAAGUGGAGAGGGUGGGGGGCGGGGGACUUUGCCAUGGUCCGGUCCGGGGACAUCUUUGUGGCCCUGCUUCUUGUGGGCUGUGCGGUGUCACUGGACGUGCAGAUCACACCCAGUCAUGGUGAAAUCAGUCUCGGGGAGUCCAAAUUCUUCAUGUGUGAAGUUAUCGGCGGAGCCAAGCACAUAGACUGGUUCGGGCCCGGCGGGGAAAGGAUAGAACCCGACGACCCGGACGUCACGGUGACCCGGAACGACGAGACGUCGUCCAUCCUCACGCUUUACCGAGCCGAGACGGAGAACGCCGGCACGUACAAGUGCGUCGCCGCCAAUGGAGAUCAACAGGGAGAGUCGACGGUUAACAUCAAGAUAUUCCAGAAAAUCACCUUCACAAAUGCGCCGUCGCCGCAAGAGUUCACCGAAGGAGACGCCGCCGUCAUCGUGUGCGAUGUCGUCAGUUCCCCUCCGCCCACCAUCCUUUGGAAGUACAAAGGAGCCAGAAUACAGAUGGAAAAAGACGUUCGCUUUAAGGUGCUGAGCAACAACCACCUUCAAAUCCGCGGCAUAAAGAAAACCGACGAGGGUUCGUACACCUGCGAGGGACGCCUGAUGGCCCGCGGCGAGAUCGAUUUACGGGUUAUCAAGGUCGUCGUGAACGUGCUCCCAACCAUCCGGGUGUGGCAGUCAGAGGUGAACGCCACAGCAGAUGUGGGCCAAGCCGCCAUGUUGACGUGUGCGGUCGACGGCUAUCCAGAACCCAUGGUGACCUGGACAAGGAACCAGAUCCCACUAGAAGCGGGGGAGAAGUACGCCUUCAACGAGGACGGCUCGGAGAUGUCCAUCAUGGACGUUAGCAAGCUAGAUGAGGGCGAGUACACCUGCAUCGCCAAAAACAAAGCCGGGGAGACGGAUCAGGAGCUCAGUCUGAGAGUAUUUGUCAAGCCUAAGAUCACCUACAUUGUCAACCAAAGCACCUCUGAGAUGGAGGAACAGGUUAUGCUAACGUGCGAAGCCUCGGGGGAUCCGACGCCCACCAUCAGCUGGAGCUACGGCAACCGGGUAUUCACCGACGGCGAGCAGGCGCACCUAAACAGGAUCUAUCAGGCAUCAUGGACUCGUCCCGAGCAGCACAAGAGCGAGGACGGCAACGUGGUGGUGCGAAGCGACGCUCGCGUUUCCUCCCUCACGCUAAAGUACGUCAAGUACACGGACGCCGGGCAGUACCUGUGCUCGGCCCGAAGCGCCAUCGGGGAAGACGACCAGGUGGCAUAUCUGGAGGUCCGCUACGCCCCAAAGAUCCACGGCGAGGUGGCCGUGUACACCUGGGAGGGCAACGCCGUCAACAUCAGCUGCGAGGUGCAAGCUCACCCGAGCCAGGUCACCAUAGCUUGGCUCCGGGACGGAUUCACGCUGCCAAACGCCAACACCAGCAACGUUAAGAUCUACAGAUCGCCCUCGGCCAGCUACCUGCAGGUGACGCCGACCUCCGAGAAUGACUUUGGGAGUUACAACUGCACCGCUUCCAACGAGAUGGGCACAGAAGCCAAAGAGUUUGUCCUCAUCCAAGCCGAGGUGCCAUCGUCGCCCUUCAUCAACGAGGUGUCACCUUUCUCCACCACGGCGCUGGUUCGGUUCGAGGAGCCCGAGUCCAGCGGAGGCGUGCCCGUGCUCAAGUACAAAGCGGCGUGGAGGAUUCAAGGCAGAGGCAGCUGGUCGCAGAGAAUCUUUGAGCUCAAAGAUGGCUCCACGGGCGAGGUGACCGUCACAGACCUGAGACCGGACACCAGCUACGAAAUCAAGAUGUCCGCCAUCAACGGGAAAGGGGAAGGCGAAAGCUGCCCGGUGGAGGUUUUCAGGACGCAACCAGUCCGAAAUCCGAGUCCUCCCAAACUGGAAGGUGCGCUUCAGCCCAUCGGCAACUCCCUGAAAGUCAGCUGGAUCAAGCAGGAUGACGGCGGAUUGCCCAUCCUCCAUUACCUCGUCCACUUCAAACCGGUCGAGUCGUCCAAGUGGAAACCCGAAAUCAGCAUGCCCAGCGACAGCGACUACGUGAUCCUCAGCGGGCUGGAGUGGGACACGACGUACGACAUCUCCGUGGUGGCCGAAAACCAGAAGGGCAAGUCGGAGCGGGCUAGCAUAUCCAUGCGGACGUCCGUCCAGCCGGCCGUCAUGCCAGAUUUGGAUGAAGACGCGGCGUUCCCCAUGGGGAUCAUGUUGUGGGCGGGCAUCCUGGUGGUGGCGUUCAUCCUGCUGCUCCUGGCCGUGGACGUCACGUGUUACUUUGUCAACAAGUGCGGCCUCAUCAUGUGCCUGUGCGGAAAGUCGGCCUCCGGCACCAAAGGCAAAGACCUGGAGGAGGGCAAGGCAGCAUUCAUGAAAGACGAGUCCAAAGAGCCCAUCGUGGAGGUCCGCACGGAGGAUGAGUGCACAGCCAAUCACAACGCGGCAGGCCCAACAGAACCCAACGAAACCACACCCCUCACCGAGCCAGAGCUGGCGGCUUUCACCGCCGCCCUGGCACUGGACACGCUCUCCUCUGACACGGCCACGGCCGCCAUUGACCCCGCUCAAGACAGCCCCUCUAGCGAGACCACCACGCUCACGUGUAGCCUGUCCACCCCGGCCAACGAGCCCUCGCCCAUCACGGCGCCGGCGCCCAGCCCGGAGACGAGCGCGCCGCCGCCGACUCCCCCCGUGUGCAGGGCGGCCGUCGAGGCUAAGAUCGCGCCGUUAGUGGAGCGGAGGGGAUCCGAUGGGGUGACGGAAGAAGAGGAGCCCAAGAAGAGCGACGCUUCGCCGGCCACCCUCGAACGGACUCAGAAACCCGGGACGCCCAUCCCGCCCAAACGGAGGCACUCUCCGAAACUUGCCGCCCUAAAGGCUAAAGCUAGCCCGCCCGUCUCGCCGUUAGCCACGGAACCGCCUCUUACUCCGGACAGCAAGAAAGUAGCUCCCAGCCCUCCGCUCACCCCCAAAGACCCCGAUUGCGCCUCUGACAAGCCCGCCCAGCCGUCUAACCCUCUCAACCCGCACCCCAACCCUCCGUCUUCAGCCAUCCACGGCGCUCCCAAAGCGCCGGAUGCUGAAGAGUCUUCCCCUUUGGUCCGAGACGUCCCCACCCCCGUGUCUCCCCCUCCCGCUAGCGAGCACCUCGCACCGCCGCCGCACAUGUACGACUUACUCGCCCGUGACAUGGGCCUCGAUAACGCCACUUUCGACUUAGAGCUGAGUAACGGCACGGAGCGACCCUGGGCCGUCCCCGACGAUCUGAUUAGCUUAGAGAGCCCGCCCUCUGCCCCUUCUCUGCCCAAUGGAGACGGAGCAGACCUCACCCCCACAAUGGAACCAUCAGAACCUCUGGCUAAGACUGCGCCACCUGUCAACGAUGAGACAAUCUUUUCGGACGUGAAGGGAAAACCGGAGGAGGAGCUGUCCAACGCCGCCACCGAGACGCCUGCCGAGCACAACAGUGUCAUACAGACAAAAGCCGCGCAGAGCAUAGCAUGAAAAGCAAAACAAAAAAAACUCCAUCGUAAACAUUGCGCAGCUGCGGGAAUUUUCAUUUCCAGUGCCCUUUAGUACACACAAAACACACAUUUGUCUAGCACGCACUUUUAGCCCAAGGAGUUUAUCUUGCAGUCACCAGAUUUUUAUUUUUUUAAUUUAAUCUAACAGGAUUACAUCGGAACUCACACAAGCAUUCGAUUAUCGUGAGAACUAAAAAAAGGAAAAAAAAACAAAUUCAUUCUUUAAAUUUUAUGUCGUGUGUGUGUGUGUGUGUGUGCGCCGUUCUUUUGUUUUCUCUGAGCUUUUCAUUCGUGCGCCCGUCUCGUUAGCUUGUCUGUGCAUGUUUGGCCUGAAGAUGGUUGCUAAAAGCUUUAUGGUUUCCUCGCCAAUUCGACCCCCCUCACACACACACACACACACACACACACACACACUCAGAUCUCACAUACCGUCACUGCCUCACCAGCGUUUAUUAGACAGAUACACUCAAAAAAAAAAAAUUGAAAAAGAAAGCCAUCCGCAGUGUCGACGUUGUGAUCUAAAUAUGUUUCAUUUGGCUCGUUUCUUCCCCGCACGAAACAAAACAAAAAAAUUGGGGGGGGGGGAUCCUACUUAACUACAAAGACUUCCAUCCCUGCCUGCAAGCUUGUGCACUGUGCCUGUGUGCGUGUGCGCGCGUGCGUGUCAGUAGAACGUCCUGUCAUCGGUUUCUAUGAUAAUCUGCUUUGUCGUGAGAGAUUUAGCGUCUUGUUUUUAUAUAUAUGUAUAAAUAUGAUACUGUAUAUUAAAAUGUACUAUUCUAAUUGUUAGAUAAAGAAAAGGUGUGCUCAAUGGACUAACGUGGUCAUGAAAAUCAUAAGAAGAGGUGUCGUGUUACUAAAAGCGUCCGUCGGGUCUCAAACACGCGCGGCACUGUAAACAGCGUCGAGUCUUAUCAGUGGUUCUCGUGAAGGAAGGCAUGAAAUCAUUCCGACUAACGACCAGGCACGUUGGUGGCGACGUAAAUCGCUCAUUUUCAGUUUACGGGUGUUGUUUGGUUUAUUUUCCUCCUUCAAGUGUUCUUCAGUAAUGUGCUUUAUCCGAGACCCUCACAAUUCUCCUUGUCUUUUGUACAAACUGCUUGUCAGGAAGCAAGGUGGUCGCUCGCUCUUUUCUAAGACAGCAAAUGGAACUUCAAUGCCAACUGGAAGGACCGAUCGUGUUUCGUCACAACGCUGCCCAAUAAAUGUCUCACAUUAGGAAAGUAAAAAAAAAAAAAAGAUCUAUCUUAGUUCACUUCCACACAUGAAACGCAUUGAUCCCAUUUGAUAUCUGUCGCUAACUAAAACAGAAGUUCCUAGCAAGCCGUCAAAUGGCCUCUCAGAUUGAUUUAAAAUGUGGAGAGAAUGUUUCUAAUUACGUCAGCCAUCGAGUAAACUAACUUCAGGGAUCACCUGCAACUCAAUCUGAACCGUCGCCAACCAAAACAGCAGCACCUGCAUAAGUCGUCCCUCUCACAUUUAAGAAGCCUCAAUCCAAUAAAUGCUUCCCUUUACACAUAAAAAAAAAAAGAGUGUUAUUUAGACAGCCUCAAAUAAUUUACGCUUACUUAUUUGAGUAAAUACUGUCCAUUUGAACAAAACCUGCUCAGCUAUCCUCUUAGUCUUUACGGACCACCUUGCUUCCUUGUUUCGAUCUUAUGGGGUGGAAAAACUCUGCUGUGUACAGUCUGGAGUGCUAACCCAUUUUCGAAAUAAAAACUUCCUUUCUCAAUCUCAA